AUGAGUAAGGUUCAAGAAAACUGUGGUAUAAAAUCACAUGGAAAAAAGAAAGUUGAUGAAGAAGUAACAUUGGAAAGCUAUAAAGAAGAACCAGAAAAAAAAUCUAUAUAUUUUGACACUACGAAAAAUAGUACCAAGGAAUAUAAUGAUGAUAGUACUACAAAUGAAAGUGAAGAUGAUAGAGAAAGUGAAUAUGAAGAUAGUGAUGAACAUGAAGAAAUUAAAUUAAAGAGAAAACAUGAAGAAUAUGAAGACGAAGAUGAUGAGGAAACUGACAAAAAAAAAAAAAAAAAAAAAAAAAAAAAAAAAAAAAAAAAAAAAAUCAAAACUAAAAUCGAUGAUAGCAGUAGUGAAGAAGGAAAUAACUUUUACAAGAGUAAUAAUUGCUCUUUCGAUAAUUUUCCUUAUAAAAAUUACGUAACUUCAUUUAUCCCAAGCUCAUUCAUGCAAUCCCCUCAAAAGAGCACAGGAGGAUGUUCGUGUUCAAAAAAAGCCAAUGCUGCUCUAGCUUCACCUAAAGGAGAAGAUCAACCACCAUUUGAAUGUCCAUUAGUAACUCUUAGAAACAAGUUAUUGGAAGAAUUAGAAAAGGCUUCUCAAAGAGAAAAAAUGAAAGAAGCUGCAAAUGGAUCAACACCAAUAGUAGAAGGAUCCGAAACAACACCAAUAGUUACUUUCCCACCAGAACCAGAAGUAGUGCCUUCAGCUGUACCUGCCAUUGCACCAGCUCCAGUUUUACCAGCCAUUACAGAAGUUCCUUAUGCCGCACCAACUCCUUCUCAACCCAUCGCUGGUGAAAUAGGCAAAACAGCUUAA